AUGCCCUCCUUGGUAGAGCGGCUGACGGGAAAGAGGAGUGCUCUUCCCAUCCCUCACGACGACGGGCUAUCCCUGACCACGACCUCUACAUCCGACAGCGGGAGCAACAGCAAGGCACGCCUUGGCCACGACGGGCAGCACCGGCGCGAGAGCAGUCUACUGAGCUUGACAACCAGCGUCACCGACCUGGGUUCCAACGUGCGGCGGAGUGUCAGUCUGCGAUCGCACCGAACGAGUCCCAGCACCGGCAGCUCAUUUGGCGCCAGAGUGGUGCGAAGCCCAUUGCGAACGGCCAGUCCACGCCCAAGUUCAGGAGAGGGGAAUUUGCAUUUGCAUGAGGAAAGCAGCACAGUGCCAUUGGAUAGCGCGGCCACGCAACCACCGCCGCUGCGGAGGAAGAUUUCCCUGUCGGCAAAGACACUCCAGCACAAGUUCCGCUCGACGGAAGCCCUCCCAAAGAUCAACACCGCUGUCUUUUUUGACGGCGCAGGAGGCAACGUCCGCUCCUCACCUGCGAGUGCUGUAUCUCAGCAACCUCCCAUGUUGGUCGGAUCAACAGCUGGCAGUACGCCGGCUGGCUCCAAGCGUAUACCACCGCCAGAACUUCAAACACAGAACAGCUUCUCACGAGAUGCCCACUCUUCUCAUGGCGCGGGCAAUGGCGCUCUGCUACAGCCGGUGCCGUCCCUCUCAACCGCAAGUCUCAUGAACUCCAACUCAAUCUACAACCAGAUCCAAGAGACAUCCGCGAAGCGCAUGGCCACCAUCGAUUACAUGCGGAGAAUACAUGAGGGUGACAUCUACUUCUUUGGCACAUUCCACUAUUCUUCCUCUUCUCUCUCCUCCAUUCCAUCGUUGUAUCCACACAAGCUUGGGAGAAGGGCUACCAACUACUUCAUUCUCGGCUACAGUCUCCCUGCACUCCUAGAUAUGAACACCUCAUCGCCCUUGGAGUACCUCAAAGCGCUCUCGUCCCUGCUCUCCGAGUUCGAGACCUUUCAAAAUCUCUCCGGCUUCGACGCGAGUGGCAACACCCUCUCCAAAGGCCGCAUGGGUAAUAUGUUCAAGUCCAGCAUGGGCCUUGGCCACAGAGGUGCCAAGGGUCGUCGCUCGAGUACUGUGACUUCCGAUUCGUCGGCAUCAGGCAUGGACGGUCGACAAGCCGAUCUGUUGGGCAUUCCUAGCUCUGCCUCAUCCCGGCAAAGCUCAUUCUCCAACUCCUUUGGCAGUGGUGGGAUGGAAAGUCCGCAGGACAUGACCUCGCCAAUCAACCCUACCAAUCACGAAUUCUCGUUUCUGUUGACGCCACAUAUACCCUUCGAGCCCGACUUUCAGGUGACGUUGGGCACGCUGUGUGACACGUUGAUAGAUGCGUACGCGAAGCUCAUCGAGUUGAUUGCUGGUCCGGAGAGCUGUACGCCAACCAUGGGAGCGGAAUUUGCAAAGGCAGACAAGGCUAUCAGGAAAAUACUAGUCGCCAACGUGGUGAGGGAGUUUGAAGAUUCUACCCGGGCUGCCGUGAAAGCGGAGGUGGCGGGUUUAGGGAAGUUGGUUCUCGGCGGGCUGAUGUGA